AUGGUACAAACCUAAAUUAAAAGUUUUUCUACCUGGCGCUCGAACAAUUUUACAUUUUCUUUUCCCAAAUAUAGUGGGUGGCGCUGAAUUAAGAGAAGGAAGAGGAGGAAUCUACGAGGUCAACGGUUGAAUUGCACCUUCUCCAGGCUCCUAGAUAUUUCACAUGAUUUGGUUUAUGAAAGUCUUCUGUGAAAAUGUUUGGGGGAGCUCUUGUAGAGGGAAGUGGGCGGCGGUUACCGCAAUGGAUGCUGGGAAGACCUGAUCAAGUGGAGAAGUCUGGUAAAACAACAGAAGCACACACAAAGCAAUCGGAGGAAGGACCCUCAUCUCAAACUGUGACGAAAAGUUUGGGAAAAGGAAGCUUGCUUGUUGAAAAGGAAAAGGGUUUGCAAAGUUUAGAUGUUCUUGUGAAAUGUAGGACAAAGAAAAGAAAAUUAAAGGCAAAACAAGUAAAUGCCGACUCUGAUACUGACAUUUCUGAAGAUGAGCAAGAUAAGAAGUCUAAUAGAACUAGGAGAAAAAUGUCUAAACCUGCUUCUCAGAAAAGAGGGAAAACAAAGAAAUUUGGUUUGAAUAGUAUUGAGGAACUGGAUAUCCAGCCUUUGAGUGAGGGUGAUGAUUUUGAACUGACAGUGGAUGAUCUAAUGACCAUUGCUGAAGAGUAUGUUAGAGCCAACAAGGAUACGGAGCAAGAGCAAGAAGGAAAGGGAAAAUCUGAUUCGAGAAGUAGACCAUCAACAACAGUAUCUUCUAGUAAAGAGUCAAAAGAUUGUAAGAGAAGCUCAGCCACUAAUGAUAAUAUUAGUUCUUUCAUUCAAACAUCAACUACCAAUGAUUUUAGUGCUUCUUGCAAAGCAAACGACAGUUCAUCUGCGACAGAAGAAAUUGGCAUUAAAGCUGGAGGAACAGGGGAUCCUGCUCAUGACAUGCUGAAUCUGUUUUUAGGUCCUUUGUUGAGAAACCUGUAGAGGAGAUUAAAGAUGACUGCUGUUAGGGGUAUGGAAUUUUUCCAGGAGUAUGAAUAGAAUGGUAUACAAAGUAAGAAGAUUGAUAUAGCUAGAGAAGUAGUCCUCCUGUCAAAGAAGUAUAGUCUCAAGGACAAGGUUGCAAUGUUCCUUGACUGAAUAUUUUUUCAAAUUUGUGCAGAAGAUAACUAGUUUGUGUAUACUACGAUAAACUGCAUAUAUUUAGAUUCAGCCCAUGGGAGUGUACUGUAUCUUCUAAUUUUGGUCACCAUAAUUCUCAGAAAUGUAGUUGAUUUUUCUGUAUAUAUUAUAGUGCCAAAUCCUGAUAAACUUAUGUAUAACACUGAGUUGUGUGAAUUCAAAAGAUAGUUUAGCACCGUCAAUAAAUUUAUGAUGAUUGAAAAGC